AAAGACGACAUUGUCAGUAUAGAGGAUGUGCGAGGUUUUGUGACAGACGCGCACGUUCGUAUUCAGUGGUCGGUUAUUGGUAAAAUGGAAUCGCUCACUUCAGUAGCUGGCUUUAGGAUCGAGAUUCGAAGCACUCUUAACAGUUCCUGGAUUCCAGUAGAUAACGUGGGCAGCCAUGUGCGCGCCACAACUAUAAAAGGUCUUGCACCUGGCAUAAGGUAA